GCAAAGCUGAAUUAGAGAAAGGUGAAACACCUGAUGAAAUUCCCCUUCCAUCCUAAUAUAAAAGAGCCAGCAUGGAGACACACAAACACACAGACACAUCCAUCCUAAGGAGAAACACUCAUCAGACACUUCAAGGUCACACUAUCAAAUCUAAAGAUGAAAACUUCCCUAACGUGCAUCCUGGCUAUUUGCGCCUUGCUGGCCAGCAUUUGGGGCUCAGCCAUGGGACGCAGGCUCCAUCUGGGUUCCUGUGCGCUGACGGUUCACACUCACGAGCUCAGGCAUCACUUCGAGCAGAUCCGCCACAAUAUGAUCACACGAGACAACCACAAGGGUGUGAGGUUGCUGAGGGGGGACAUGAUGAAGAGCUUGCAGGCUACAGACAGCUGCUGCUUUCUUAGGCAACUUCUACGCUUCUACAUCGAGAAGGUCUUCAGCGGCUACACGAGCAGCCAGUCGCUACACCAGAGAACCACCAGCGUUCUAGCCAACUCUUUUCUCAGCAUGACCAAGGACUUGCGAGCAUGUCACGCUCAGAUGCUCUGCCAGUGCAGCCAGGAAACCAACCUGAAAUUUGACGCCAUUCAGGAAACCUAUGACAAGCUGGAAGUUGGGGCUGCAUCAGUAAAGGCCAUAGGAGAGCUGGACUCUCUUCUGGAGUGGCUGGAGAGCUUCCAUACGAAAGACCACAAGCACCACCAUGAUUCAAAAUAGGAUCACCAUGGCAUCUAAGUCAUUAUGCAGUGCUGAUUCAUGUAUAGGAGUGGCAUGAAACUUUCAUUUAAUCUCAUAAGUAUCAUAUUUAUAGCAUUUAUAGGAUUUUCAUUUUUGGUGAAGUGUGAUUGGCAGCUUGGGGUUAACUGGGUAGCGUUUUUUGUUACCACAUAUUGUUGACCACAUAGCUGGAACUUGUUUGAUGUUAACAGUAGGAUGCUUUAAAGGCGUCUACUGAGGAUGUAUAAACUAUGUCUUAAUAGUACACUUGUUAAAUAUUUAAUGGUUGCUUUAUGCUGUUGUUGUGACAGCGUUAUUUCUGACUACAAUAAUGCCUGUGGCCUUUUAAUUUAUGUUCAUCUGUACGCAUGACUCGAAAGAGUUGUGAUGGAAUGUAGACCUUUGAGGUCAUUUUGUCUGAAUCAUGUUUAAAUUCAACUGUAACUUAAACGAAAAUAAAUGUUUAUCAUCGUCAGUCCUUGUGUAUGGUGUUUCCUGGU